GGGACGGGGGGUGGGUUUCGGAGUGUAUGUGUUUAUGUGGGGGGCUAGGAGCAUAGGAGGUUCCUUGAUUCUUUCUUAGUUAACGAUGGCAAAGCCACAAAGCAAAGAUCCUGGCCUAAAGGAGAAGUUCAAGAAUCUCUUAGGACUUGGGAAUUCCAAAUCCAAUUCCAAGUCAUCGGAAGGAAAGCAAACAGAAUUUAUUAUCACAGCAGAAAUACUCAAGGAACUGAGCGUAGAAUCUGGCUUGAACAAUCGGAUAAGAGCAAUCGGUCAAAUCUGCGAGGUAGCAAAAACUAGAAAGUUUGAAGAACAUGCAGUGGAAGCCAUCUGGAAAGUGGUUGCUGAUAUGCUGCAGCCCGACCGACCAGCUGAAGCCAGGCAUGCUGUGCUCCACCUCCUGAAGGCAAUUAUUCAAGGGCAGGGCGAGGGGCUCGGUAUCCUCCGAGCUCACUUUUUCAAAGUGAUUAAAGAUUAUCCUUCUAAUGAAGACAUGCACGAACGGCUUGAAGUGUUCAAGGCUCUUACGGAUAACGGAAAAUGCGUAACGUAUUUGGAAGAAAAUUUGGCUGAAUUUGUCCUUCAGUGGAUGGAUAUUGGUUUGACUUCAGAGUUCCUGCUGGUGCUGGUCAACCUAGUCAAGUUCAAUAGCUGCUACUUGGAUGAAUAUAUCGCUGACAUGGUCAACAUGAUUUGCCUCUUGUGCAUUCAGACAUCUUCUGCAGUUGACAUUGAGGUUUCCCUGCAGGUCCUUGACGCCGUGGUCUGCUACAACUGCUUGCCUUCGGAAACCCUCCCAGUCUUCAUAAUCACCUUGUGCCGGACGAUCAAUGUGAAGGAACUCUGUGAGCCUUGCUGGAAGCUCAUGCGCAAUCUGUUAGGAACUCACUUGGGGCACAGUGCCAUUUACAACAUGUGCCGGAUCAUGGAGGACAGGACCUACAUGGUAGAUGCCGCACUGCUGAGAGGGGCUGUGUUUUUCGUGGGCAUGGCCUUGUGGGGAGCGCACAGGCUGCAGUCACUCAGGAAUUCGCCAACUUCAGUGCUGCCCUCCUUUCUGAAGGCCAUGACGAGUCCGAAUACCAUUGUGUCUUAUGAAAUAGUCCUUUCCAUCACAAGGCUGAUCAAAAAAUAUGGGAAGGACCUCCAGGCAGUCACUUGGGACAUCCUCCUGAAUAUCAUCGAGCGGCUGCUUCAGCAGCUGCAGACCUUGGAGAGCCAGGAGCUGAAAUCCAUUGUCCAUGACUUGCUGACCACUGUGGAGGAACUAUGCGACCAGAAUGACUUCCAUGGCUCUAAGAAACAUUACUUUGAGCUUGUGGAGAGAUGUGCAAAUCAGAGACCUGAAUCUUCUGUUCUGAACCUGAUCACCUACCGAGCUCAGUCAAUCCACCCUGCGAAGGACAGCUGGAUCCAGAAGCUGCAGGGGCUGAUGGACAGGUUCUUCAGGAAUGAGACGCGGAGUGCUGUUCGCAUCAAAGUUCUGCAUGUUCUCUCUUUCGUCUUGAGCGUCAAUAGGCAGAUUUAUGAGGAGGAGUUGAUUAACAUGGUGGUCCUCUCCCAGCUGGCCCACAUCCAAGAAGACAAAGACCACCAAGUCCGCAAACUGGCCACCCAGCUGCUGGUGGACCUGGCAGAAGGCUGCAACACCCACCACUUCAACAGCUUGCUGGAUAUCAUAGAGAAGGUUGCUUCCCAUUCGCUGCUGCCUCCCCCUGAACUGGAGGAAAGAGACUUGCUGUCUUACUCUGCUUCUUUAGAAGAUGUGAAGACAGCAGUCCUGGGCCUCCUGGUCAUUUUCCAGACAAAACUCUACAGCUUCCCCCCCAGCCACGCCACCCGCGUCUAUGAGAUGUUGAUCCUCCACAUUCAGCUCCACUAUAAACACAGAUACAGCCUCCCAGUCGCCAGCAGCAUCCGGCUGCAGGUAUUUGACUUCUUGCUCUCCCUUCGGGCCGACUCCCUCCACCGACUGGGCCUGGCUACCAAAGAAGGGCUCAUGAGAUUCAGCCCCUACUGCCUCUGUGAUUUUUUGGAACCAGAGAAGAAACCUGCCGGCACCCUCUCCCCUCCCCCGGGAAGCCCCAGUGUGCCUCCCCAGAGCACGGCCAUUCGUAUGGGCCACUUACCUUACUCCCUUUUCUUUGGAGUCCUCCUCCAGUGCUUGAAGCAAGAGACAGACUGGAAGGUGCUGAAGCUGGUUCUGAACAAGUUACCGGAGUCUCUGCAGUACAAAGUGCUUUACUUAACAUCCCCUUGCAACAUUGACCAGCUGUCUUCUGCCCUCUGCUCUAUGUUUACAGACAAAAAGAUGACUGAGCGCCUGCGGGGCACCCCAGAAACUUUCUGCCGAAACGAUUUGCAUCUGGCUGUGGUUCCAGUGCUGACUACUUUGAUCUUUUACCAUAAUCACCUGGACAAAAGCAAGCAGCGAGAGAUGGUGUAUUGCCUGGAGCACGGCUUGAUCUAUCGCUGCGCCAACCAAUGUGUCGUGGCUCUCUCCAUCUGCAGUGUUGAGAUGCCAGAUAUCAUCAUCAAGGCCCUGCCUGUCCUGAUAGUCAAGCUGACGCAUAUUUCAGCUACGGCCAACAUGGCCAUUCCCCUCCUGGAAUUUCUUUCAACAUUGGCUCGUCUGCCUGCCCUCUACAGGAAUUUUGCAGCUGAACAGUACGCCAGCGUCUUUGCCAUCUCCUUGCCCUACACAAAUCCCUCCAAGUUUAACCAGUACAUUGUGUGCCUGGCACAUCACGUCAUAGCCAUGUGGUUUAUCAAGUGCCGCCUUCCCUUUCGGAAAGACUUCGUCCCCUUUAUUACCAAGGGUUUGCGAUCAAAUGUCCUCCACUCCUUUGAUGACACACCAGAGAAAGACAGCUUCCGGGCUCGUAGCACCAGCUUGAAUGAGAGACCAAAGAGCUUUAAGAUAGCCAAAAAUGCCAGGCAAAGCUUGAAUAAUUCUCCUCCAGUGAAAGAGCUGAAAGAACCCUCUGGUGUCGAUGCCUUCCGGUCCCGCAGCAUCAGUGUCUCUGACCAUGCAGCCCACAGCCGGCUGCAGACCUCCAUCACCAGUUCCAGCCUGGGAUCUGCUGACGAGAACUCUAUGGCUCAAGCAGACGACAGCCUGAAAAAUCUCCACUUGGAGCUGACGGAGACCUGCCUCGACAUGAUGGCUCGAUACGUCUUCUCAAACUUCACAGCUGUGCCCAAAAGGUCUCCGGUGGGAGAGUUUCUCCUCUCUGGAGGGAGGACCAAGACGUGGCUGGUGGGCAACAAGCUGGUGACAAUCACAACAAGUGUCGGGACGGGAACCAGGUCUCUCCUGGGCCUUGACUUGGCAGAGACACAGAACAGCACAGAGGCAAGCUCAGACCACACCUUGCAAGUGAGGCAGACCAAAGAAGCUCCAGCCAAGCUUGAGUCCCAGGCUGGCCCACAAGUGGUUCGAACCCGCAACCGUGUUAGGUCGAUGUCCGGUGGCCAUGCCUUGCGGGUUGGGGCAUUAGACACCUCCACCUCCCAUUUCCCAGCCACCCCGAUGCCCCAAGGAUUUCAGAGCUCUCCUGCUCCUACUGCUGCUCGAGCAGAAAAGGCUGUUCCUGGGCCUCUACAGAAGGAAAAGGCCAACUUGGCUGCGUACGUCCCCCUGCUAACACAAGGCUGGGCAGAGAUACUGGUGCGGAGACCGACAGGUAACACGAGCUGGCUGAUGAGCCUGGAGAACUCCCUGAGCCCGUUUUCCUCGGAUAUCAACAGCAUGCCCCUGCAGGAGCUCUCCAACGCUCUCAUGGCGGCCGAGCGCUUCAAGGAGCACCGCGACCCCACCCUGUACAAGUCCCUCUCGGUCCCUUCCUCCACCUUGCCAACGGGGACUGCCAAGCCGUACUUUCUGCAGCGCUCAAACACAGUGGCCUCUUUCUCUUCCAUGUACCUGACCAGUUCUCAAGAAAAGUUGCACAGGAGCAUUUCCUGGGCAGAAUCUGCCGUGGUUCUGGAAGAAGGAAGCCCACCGGAGACGGAUUUAAAAGAGGCAGUCUCUCGUCUGGAAUCUCAAGAGAUUGAAGACUUUGAAGCUGUGUGUCCGGAGCAAGGCCUAAGCGAGGAGAAGGUGGUCAAAGGCCCCAGGACGUAUAGUCGGUCCUCGUCGACAUCCAGUCAAGAGGAAAAAGUUCUGAAACCAGAUGAUUUGGCCCCCAUGGGCAUCCCCAUCGAAAGAGCCCGGAACUUGGAAGACAGCCGCGAGUUUGAGGCACUCUCUUUCCAGCCUUCCCAGCCCCUCAGCAAGUCCAGCUCGUCUCCGGAGCUUCAGACCCUCCAGGAAGUCCUCAAGGACGCCGGCAGCGAAGAGCCACCUGGGAAGCUGAGCAGUGACGGGAAGUCCAAGUCUCAGUCAGGACACUUGGAAGGGGAGGCAGCUGGGAACUGGCUGGGCAGAGGGGAAGAUGACCGUCCCCCUGGGGCACCCAGGGUGGGCUGCAGUGCCCCUCUCUCUUCUCCGCGCUCCCCAACGGGCCACCGCCCCCGAGGGUACACAAUCUCUGAUUCAGCACCCUCGAGGAGGGGCAAGAGGAUUGAGAGGGACCCCUUCAAGGGCCGCGCAGCAGCUUCCAACGCGGAGAAAGUGCCAGGAAUCAAUCCAAGCUUUGUGUUCCUGCAGUUGUAUCACUCUCCUUUCUUUGGUGAUGAAUCCAAUAAGCCCCUCCUGUUGCCGAAUGAGACGUUUGAGAGAUCAGUUCAGCUGCUGGAUCAGAUCCCCCCCUACGAUACCCACAAGAUUGCAGUACUAUAUGUUGGGGAAGGGCAGAGCAAUGACGAGCUCGCCAUCCUUUCCAACGAGCACGGCUCCUACAGGUACACGGAGUUCCUGACCGGCUUGGGAACGCUCAUUGAGCUGAAAGACUGCCAGCCAGACAAGAUUUACCUUGGUGGCUUGGAUGUGUGUGGGGAGGACGGGCAGUUUACCUACUGCUGGCACGAUGACAUCAUGCAAGCCAUUUUCCACAUUGCAACUUUGAUGCCCACCAAAGACCUGGACAAGUACCGCUGUGACAAGAAACGUCAUCUGGGGAAUGACUUUGUGUCCAUCAUUUACAACAAUUCAGGGGAAGACUUCAAGCUGGGGACCAUCAAGGGCCAAUUCAACUUUGUGCACGUCAUCAUCAAGCCGCUGGAUUACAACUGUAACCUGCUCACUCUGCAGUGCAGGAAAGAUAUGGAAGGGCUUAUCGACACCAGUGUGAUGAAGAUCGUUUCCAAUAAAAACUUGGCUUUUGUCGCCCGCCAGAUGGCUCUGCACGCCAACAUGGCUUCUCAGGUCCAUCACAGCCGCUCCAACCCCACAGACACGUACCCGUCUAAGUGGAUUGCUCGCCUGCGGCACAUCAAGAGGCUCCGGCACAGGAUCAGAGAAGAGACUCAGUACCAGGCUUCUGGUUUCCCCAGCAUGCACCCUGCCGCCCCAGCCAAAGCGUCUGCCCACGUUCCUCAGGACCCAGCUCCCACCUAUGAAACGGGACAGAGGAAGCGCCUCAUCUCCUCGGUGGACGACUUCACGGAGUUUGUGUAGCAUCGGAACGUGUCCUGCAUCAACUUGUCCGGUGGGCAAAGCUUUCUUGUUUCCCCCACCCAUCCGGCUGCUGCGGAGUGGAGAUUCCACGUUGGCGACACUCGGAGACUGGUCUCCCUGAUCCAGGACACACCACUGCCGCUCUGGUGGCUCAUGCUCCCUUUGAAAGCUGCUGGUCCACAGUCCUGUCAGGCCGCCAUUCUCCAGAGAGGAAGGUGGAGGUGUCUUGGAUUGCCAUUGCUGUCGUGCGUUUUUUUAAACUAACACUUUGAGGAUGCGUUGCUAUGAGUGAAUGGAGGCAGAUCUAAGACACACACGAUGCUCGUUGAAGGGAUGGAAGAAAAGGUGUCUCAGUUAGCCUUACAUAAACUCCCCAGCAGAGCCAUGAAUGUUCCUGGCUGGAUGAGUCCCAGGCCCCAAUGUGCAUGCGUUUUUGCCUCCAGCUCAUGGUGAGGAGGCCUGGGGGCUAGUGACUUCGUUUUUCCUUUUCCCAGAGGAUAAUGGCGGUGUGGAUUUUGGUGCUGGCGAGUGGUCUUUCCUGAACAGUUGUUCUUUGCAGCAGCUCAAGAUGCCAAACACUGAGCUUGUGCAGAAACAAUUUGGCCGUGCCCAGAGUCAAGAGACACUUUGGGCUGAUUUUGCUCAAAUCUAUUCGCUGCAGAGGUGGGGAGGGAAGAGGAGCAUGUUGGCCUUGAAACAGGAGAUCCCUGGCUUUUCCUUUUUAAAUUGUCCCUUGCUGGAAGAAAUUUAACCUCUUCCUUUCCUUUGCUGGGACGAGCUUUUAUUGCCAUUGAGGCUGUGGGCUGUGUCGGCCUUCGCCAACCUGGCGCCCUCCAGUUGUUUUGGAUUACAACUCCCCCCAGCCCCCCAGCCAACAUGUGCUGUGAGUUGUACUCCAAAACAUCUCCAAGGCUUUCUGGUCAUUGCUUAGAGGAAGACCAGCCUUCCCCAUCCUGGUGCCCUCCAGAUGUGGCUGGGAGUACAGUUGGCACGGCCACUGUGGGCGGGCUGAUGUUAUAGUCCAGUGACACCUGGAAGAUGCCAGAUUGAGGAAGUCUGACCUGGGCGCCACUUGAUUUGAGGCAGUGCUGCAGUAGAACCACCAUGGGAGUUUGCCCUGUGGGCUGUUGUGCUCACUUUUGCUGCCAUCCUUCCGUGGUCACUGGCGCCCCCUUCAGGACUGCAGGCUUGCUUUCACAGGACUAAACCCAAGGGCCAGCAAUGAUGUGAGGGUUUGAUUUGUAGCUAGUCUUCCUUGGAAAUAGCAAAUGGUACAGAAGGUAAAGCCUUCCUUUACUGGGAUUUUAAAAGGGGGGAGGGGUCACCUAAAGAUGACUGGUUGUCACUUUCCUUUGUAUCCAUCUUGUUUGGCAAAUGUCUUACAACACAGUUAAUGAAAUAAAUAUUUCUUUGACAACCAGAUUUCCAGUUGACAUCUUGCACCAUUUGUCGCGUUCUCCUUCCAGUGUGAUUAAAUGUUGGACCACCUCUAUCUAUAUGCUUCCUGACACUCUCAAAGGACUCUUUAAGAUGUUAGUGAGACAUGGCUUACCCUUGCAGAAGCCCUGCUGGUUCUGCUUCAGAAAGGCUUGUUUUUCUGUAUGCUUUGUAAUUCUGUCUUUAAUAAUGCUUUCCACUAGUUUACCUGUAAGACAUGUUAAGCUAAACUUUUUAAAAAUUGGUGAUACACUGACCACUUUAUGGUCUUUGUUUGGAAACUGAUCUUGGGGGCAAGUUGCAUAUUUUUGUAGAAGAUCAGCAAUUUUACAUUAGAAUUCUCUAAGAACUCUUCAGGGACCUUACUAGUCACCACUAUUCGUUCCUCAUGUGAAACUCAUGUGAAACUUUGUUCCAGCUCAGGGGGACUGCUCUACAUCUUCCACCAUGAAGACAAAUGUGAAGAAUUCGUUUAGCUUCUCUGCAGCCUCCCUUUCUUCUUUUAGCACAUCUUCAACCCCCUUGUUGUUCAAAAUCCAAAUGCCUCCUUUGCUGGUCUCCUGCUGCUAAUGUAUUUAAAUAAUUUUUUGUUGGUGGUCCUUGUGUUUUUAGCAAUGUGCUCAAUUUCUUUGUUUCUGUUUCUCUUAUUGUCUGUUUGCAUUUCUUCUGCUGAAAUUUGUGUUCCCUUUGGGUUCUUAUUUGGACAAGACUUCCAUUUUCUGAAGGAAGCCUUUUCUUACCUCAUCUAAUAGCUUCUUUGACUUUGGUUGUUAAUCAUAUUGGUGUUCUCUUGGCCUUCAUUGUAACUUCCCUGGGCGGCGGUGUGCAUUCUAGCCAUGUUUCUAAUAUCUUGGUUGCAUAAUCCCCCAAUAGUUUUGGAGAGGCUUAACCCUUUUGACUUUGUCUUGAAAGUUCCUUUUUACCAGUCUCCUCAUUUUUUGCAAGUUUCCUCCUUUGAAGUAAAAUGUGACCAUGUUGUAUUUUCUUGGCCAUUGCCUAUUUGCAUAUAUGCUGAACUGGAUAGUACUGUGUUCACUGUUCCCAGUGAGUUCAACAACACUUACAUCUCGUACCUGGGCACCACUUAAAAGCAAGUCCAGGGUUGCUGCCUUUCUGGUUCCACAAGCAGCUGUUUUGAAAGAUUGCAUCCUUCCCUACAGACCUUCGGGUGUUAUUAAGAUCAGCAGAGGUAGUCCUCUUGGUCAUUCCACUGCUCUCAGAAGCUUGUGUGUCAUGGCCCAGCUGAAGACAUUAUCUGUGGCAGCCCUAAAGUUUAGGAAUCUCCUCCCUACAAAUGUAAGUGAUGCAGCUUUUGGUGAAACCUUUACCCCUGGUCUUUGACAUCUGAGAUGUAUAUGUUUUUAAGGCCCACCUAAUUUGUGUGAUUCUAGGGUGUUUUAAACUGUUUUUAACAUUGUGUUUUAGUUGUUGCAACCCUGGGACCUUAGUGUGAAGGGGCGAAUAUGCUGGUGGUGAUUCUAAGGCACACUCAUUUAGGGUUUUUAGAAAUGUUACCUCUUAGUUGUGACUGGAACUCAAAUAUGGCCACUGUAUUUGUAGGUUAAUGAAGUUACCCAGUGUUGGUUGCCCAUGGAAAGAGUCCCUUCGACAGUGGUACCUCAGGUUAAGAACUUAAUUCGUUCUGGAGGUCCGUUCUUAACCUGAAACUGUUCUUAACCUGAGGUACCACUUUAGCUAAUGGGGCCUCCCGCUGCCGCUGCACAAUUUCUGUUCUCAUCCUGAAGCAAAGUUCUUAACCCAGGGUACCACUGUAAUGGAUAAUUUCCCUCUUCCUUGGCGUGACACCCUCCUUUCUUGAGAUCCACCUUCUCUGUGGUGGUGGUAGAGCGGUUACUCUAAAAGUGGAGUGCUGCUGUUGUGUCCCUAAAGGCCUUGCAUAUCACCAACCUCUCAUCUUCUCCAGGUCAGCCACCUUGGCCUCAAGGUGUCAUGAACUGGUAGGACAACGGAGAGGAGGAAGAGGAUUCCGGCGAGGGGUGCAGCCAUGACUGGGACAAGCCACAGAUGGGAAAGGAGAGGUUGGGGUUGUGGCAAGUACACAAGGAGUGACAGAGGAUGGCACAGGAAUGGGGGUCAGUGUGCAGGGACCAGAAGAGCAGGACUCGUCAUUGGAGCCAGAGGCCUGUCUCCCAUUACCAAGGUGGGCUUUGAGGUGUAUGGAGCAGUGGGAGGUCUGCUCAGGGAGGCUGUGGCAGGAAGGACCCACUGCCCAGGUGGGGCUCAUUAGCUCGGGAAGGUGUGUGACUCCUUGACUGGAGCACGUGAGGCUCACCUGCCUCGUCCAGCCCAGAUGCUGCAAUCCACAUGCAAGGUAUAAAGGGGUAGCAGAGCUGAGCUGCUUUGUCUGCUUAACUGCCUAUGCUGAUGGACCUCUGCUUGGAUGAUCUAGGACCUCUACAGGACUGUGCCUUGGGUUUGACUCUGGACUGUGUUUCCCAAUUGCUGGACUUUGGACUUGGCUUACUUAGACUAAGAUUCCUGACUGUUGGGACUUAGUUUACAUGGAUUGUGUUUCCCGACGGUUGAAUUGUAGACUUGACAUACUUUAUAUGCCAGUGGGACCUGCUGCCAGGGGGCACAAGGGGGCAGGCGUGUCCUAUGAUGGCCAGGCACUCACUGCACCCAGUGCCUACCCAUGACUUCUGUCCAGUAGGGCAGACAGUUGUACAAGUAACAUUCUGUGCAGUGCACUCAGCACCCCACCCGGCUUGCUAAUUGCAUACCUCUUGUUGUUGUUUGAGUUUGCGAACUUGGGAGUGGGUUGCUAUUUAUUGAGUUUCAAUUAAAUUCACUUUAGCAAGACACUUCCAUUUGCUUAAUAAGGCACAGAAAUCUUUAUUGAGCCGUCCAUUAACUCUUUAAAGUAGACUUUGUCAUUUCUUUUUCACCGUUACAAAAAAACAACAUAUGUUUGCAAAACUUAACAUUAAUCACAAUUGCUGCUGCUGCUUCUGCCGUUGCUACCAGAAGCCUUGAUAAAAGCCACCUGCCUCUAAAGAGAGAGCUGGGUUGUGGUUUUUGUUUAGCUGGCAAGAGUUCUGUGCUAAGCAGCAAGUUACUGUAGGCAUCAGUGUGGGGUUUCGGACAACAAUAAAUAAGAAACCAUCUGCCUGUGAGUAAAUACCAAAAUAUACAUUCAAGAGUUUAUCUGGCAGGUAGGGACAUGAGUUGGGUCCGCUGCUGAUGAGAGAGGGGGGCGGUGGGCAGCGGGCAUGGUCUGCGCUGAAGAGAUCUAUCUACAGCAAAGCACCAGGGACAUUCUCCUUCCUACCAAACCAGCUCCUUCCUUGCUACCUUCACGUCUUCUGUGCUCCAGAAUUCUCCUCCUCCCUGGGAGGAAAACAUCCCCACCCCCUCCUUAGCGUAAGAGCACAGCUCAUGUGCUAAGGCGCUUGCUUCCCUGACUUGACUAGGAUUUACCCUCGUAAGGACCCUACAUUAAAAACAACAACCCUAGAAAACUAUGAGAACUUUUUAAUUUAGCAGAGAAAGAAGUGCAAAAUCCCUUCACUUGGUUCAAGCCAUACCCAUCUCUGGCUCACUUCAGUCACUUCCCACACACACAGGCUGCAUUCUUUAAAUAAGCUAACAGAUCAAUAUCUUCUUUCCUCCAGUUGUGGCAACAGAGGCCUGCUCUGGUCAAAAUUUGCAGCUUUUUAGGUACAUUGCAUUCGCAGGGAAUGCAGGGAGCCCAAUGGCUCACUCACAAUAAAAGCUUCCAAUGUGCGCUCGAGUCUAGUGGAUGAUGACUGGAAAACCUCCCUGCUGAAUCUCCUUAUCAAGGACCCAUUACGGAAAGUCUUUAGCCCUGCAGCAAUUUAUCUCCUGGCCAAUGCAAUGCAAUGCCCUUUUCCCACCCACUGACCAUCUCCUACCUCCUAGCGAUCUUUCUUUGUUCCUUCGCAGAAUGAAGCAAGUGCAUUUUCCACUUUGUACCUGAUGAGUAAAGCAGCUUGGAAUAUUUUAGAAAAGAGUUUGUUAAAAAAUAGCACCCUUUAUAAAUAAUGAAAUAUUAUAAAAAGAUGUGCCUGUAACCAUAUUUUCCUCAUUUUUAGGAUGAUGGUUACAGCCAAAAGAGUUAGCAA